GUAUGCAGUCACUCCUGAGAUGGCCCUGAUAUUUUUGGUUUUCCUUCUGUUUGCAGGAACUAGUUUAGAGCUGGAAAAUACUCUGAACUAUACUGUGACUCAAAGAUGUGAAGAGGAUACCAAUGCUUUCCUCUGGGAAAUUAACCAGGAGAGACCAAAGGAAUAUGCUGUUCUCAUGUAUGAUUCAUUUGGAAAGAUGGGUAGCAACGUUAGAGGAGGAAAUGCCAACCGGCCUGGCUUGCUGCAGGAGUGUCGAUCUGCCCACGGUCCCACUUUCUCUGGACAGUACUGCCAAUUGUUUCUUCGGCAGGACACGGUCGAGUAUUUUGUGGGUAUUUGUGUUCCUGACUCCUGUGCAGGAGACGAUGUGGAAAUGCUGGUGGUGUCCGGGAGACUUCAGUUUGGUCAGAUGUCCCUCAUUCCUCCUUUUCCCUCCAUCCUGGUGAAUCAGUCUAAUCAGCAGUUGAUCAUGACCCGCUGUUUGCCAACAAGGAUUACCCCAGAUGCAUCACAUAUCACUUGCCUGUUUGUGUGUUGUGUAAUGGUUGCGAUUCCUCUUGCGGCCACCCUGUUCACCACUAUAAUAGUGUGGCAAAGGAGCAGGGAGAUCAGUCCAUCUGGAGAGUCUUCCAGUUUAAACACUGGCCUCAACCUGUAUGGCACCCUGAAGUCCAAUGACUCAUCUGGCAGCGAAAUGAAUGGCGACAUUUCAGAGGAAAAUAAUAGCAGUGACCAGACACCACUGUGUUUUCCCCGAGGCUGUGUGAACCGGUGCCUGCAGGCCUUUUCCCUACAGAACACCAGCCUAGGAGUCUUGAACACCUCCUCUUCCAUCCCAGGAGGAGGCUACUCCUCCCUGAAUGGGAUCCGUGUUCUCAGCCUGUUAUGGAUCAUUUGUGGCCACAAUACACAACUUACUGAAUCAAGUAACCUGGAUAACACCAACACCAUGAGGAAAAUAACAGAGAGCAGCGUCCUGUAUGUGUUUACCAUCAGCGGACCGGUUUAUCUGGCUGUAGACACCUUUUUACUGCUGGGAGGUCUGCUCAGUGCCAGAUCCCUGCUAAACUCCAUCAACAGGGCUGAAGGCAAACUGAGCGCCUCUUUGGUGGCCAACUACCUCUUCAACAGGAUUAAAAGGCUUCAGCCACUACAUCUGUUUAUUAUGUGUUUUACCCACGGCCUCAUCUGUGUGGUCCAGUGGGGACCCUACUGGUUUCCAUAUCUUGAUAUAUGGAUGAAUUGUAAGCCAUACUGGUGGGCUCACGUGCUUUUGAUCAACAAUCUCAUCAAUGACCCUGAAGUAUGUAUUCCUUGGUCAUGGUACUUGUCUCUUGACUUCCAGUGUUAUGCCACCACUCCUUUGUUGCUCUAUUUUUACAAACUCAACAAAGGUGUGUUUGCAGCCGUGGCAGGAGGCCUGCUGCUGAUGACCACUGCUGCCAGUGCUAUUACAACUGCACUCCUGCAGCUGCCAGUCUUCGGAUUCUCUGCACUGAAAUCUUACAACUAUAUCUUCCGUUACUAUACUUAUCCCCACACAAGAUAUGGGCCAUUUUUAAUAGGGAUCUUGACUGGAAUGUACUUGACGUCAAAGAAAGAACAGCUUCUGAAGCAAAAGUGGCAGGCAGCACUUGGUUGGUUUUGCUCUCUUUCCCUCAUGGCUGUGGUGGUUGGAUUAGCCUACGUCCUAAAGGAGACCCCAGACCAUCCAUCUGUGCCACAUGCCCUCUAUCAAGGACUGCAUAGAGAACUCUGGUCUUUGGCUGUGACCUGGAUCAUAGUGGCCUGUGAGGACGGUCAUGGAGGUUUUAUCAAGAGCUUCUUGUCGUUGGGUUUCUGGCUUCCACUGUCCAAUAUCAGUUUUGCUAGCUAUCUGUCACAUCCUGUUUUAAUACUCCUCUAUAUGGGCUUGCAAGAGACCCCUACCCACUACACAGCCUUAAACUUCAUGUACCUGUUCCUUGGUCACCUGGUGCUGACACUGGUGGGGAGUUACGUGUUGACUGUGCUCAUUGAGAAGCCCUACCUCCUAAAAUACAGCCGAACAUAGAUGCACGCCAAGACACAAUAGAAACCGUAUCUAGUUAUUAACACCCCCAUUUCUAUAUUCUGUUUGUUUGUGCCUUGUAUAUGCCAGUGUCCCUGUGUCCAUAUGCUUUUGCAGUAAAUAAACAUAAUUUAAAUGAUUGAUAAAGAACACAAAACAAGGAAAGAUCAUAAGUGAUUCCUCUUUCAUCAACAUUCACAGUGAUAAUUGUUAAAAGAUACUAUAAAUGUAUUUUUGAUUUCAAUCAAAGACUUCCGGAAUCAACCACACUAACAAAUCAGGAAUACAGAGUUGGAGAAAAGUCAAAAUUUUGUAAAAUUGAAUUGGUUUUUAGAUUGAUGGUUUCACAGAUAUACUAUCAUAUCAUCUGCAUAUGAAAAUAUUGUGUGUCUUGGAUAUAAAAUCAACA